AUCUGCUCUUCCCCCCUUUCCUCUUACGCAACACUAUUCUUUCUCUUCACCCUUACCAUGUCUCCGAAAACCUGGUUCUCCAAGAGUCUUGUUUCUCCAGACCUGAAUAUCUCGCUCCGUGACAAAGAAUGGACAAUCGUGGAGAAGGUCAACGAGCAUGCGUUUCAGAAGGAGGAGGAGGACCUGCUUGAGGGCUCCGCCCCCUCAUACAGUUGCACAAGGCUUCGUUGCCAGUCCCACGAUCCUGAAAGCACCCCAGCAUUCGUGCGAAUCUAAAUGCAAAUCCCACUCUCUGGCACCGAGGUCGAGCCAUCUUCCGAUCGAGCCCAGCAAGCUUGUUCGUUUAUCCCUGAUGAACUCAUGGCCCUUAAAGCUAUGAUAGAGUGUGGGUCCGAGACCCAGAAUACUCCACGUCUUUUGGAUUAUAAAG